AUGGCCGACGACGGACCUCCUCUUAUUCGUCCCGUCCCUCGAAGACCUUUCGACCUCAACUUGACAACUCCUACGCCUCCGAGCGAGAACUCGUCUCCCCCAUCACCCGCACACCCAGCUCGAGAUCCUACCAUUGCGCGCUUCCUACAGCCAACACCCGAACCUGUAAGCGCAGGCUUGAGCAGACCGCAAUCGUUUUUGAACUUGACCUCGUCAACACUUUUCGGCAUAUACUCUCCAACUGCAUCCUCCUCGCGCGACCGCGUCUUCGCCGAUCGCGAUGAACUCGAUACGCCGUGGGGUACAGGCGCUCAGACUCCCAUCAAGCGACCCAGCAUCGACGAUGCCACAUUUGAUUUUCUAAAAGAUCGGUCACAUGCAAUCCGUCGUCGAUCGUCGAUCCGUUCCCAAGCACCUCCUGCGCCUGUGAAAGCUUCCCCUUCGGCUGGCGCUUUGGUUUUGAGAGGACUGUUGCUCUUCGUUCUUGGUGUGGGUUAUGGCGUAUUGGUCACAUCGCGCUUUAACGACGGAUCGGAUAGCCAUGCGUCUGGUACCACGUACAAUUGGUUGCACCUGUCAUUCUGGGGUCUUGCUGGCGUUGCACUCGGGGCGCUGUUUCCUUGGUUCGAUCGAGUCUGGGAGGAUUCGUUUGGCGAAAAGGAGGAUGAAGCUGUGGUUGAGAGCACUGCAGCCAAGGAUGAUGAUCCGAGCACUGACUGGGCAAUUGCAAUUCGAGCUAUUGGUGCCUUUGUCGGAAUUGUCUUUGCCAUUCGCAAGGUGGCAUGGGCGUCCACUCUUCAGGUAUCCUUAACCCUGGCAAUGGUCAACCCUCUCCUGUGGUGGCUUAUCGAUCGCUCUAAGCCUGGAUUCUUCCUCUCGACUGCUGUUGGCUUGACAGGCUCAAUCAUUCUCCUUGGCAUCAACCCUGAUAUGAUGCCAGCACCCGCUCACGCUCCUUUCAGGCACUUGGUCAAUGCCACAACAUCAUCUCAAGAUGAAGUCGUUCCUGUUCUUGGUGGAUAUGCGCACCAGGAGACGCUUGAGACGGGUAUGUGGAUGCUCAGUGUCCUCUUCUGCAGCUGUGUCUGCUUCGGAAACAUUGGUCGUCGACUGACCCUCGGCCCAUCUGCCACGGCAAAAGGUCGUUGGGCUGGUGUGAGAUAA